AUGAUUCAACGAGAAAACAUAGAGCUGCACAAAAAGAUCAACCUUCUCCUUGAGGAGAAUGCAAAGUUACAGAAAAAGGUUUACGGCCAUGUUACAAGUACCAUCAACAAUGAACGUAAUCUGAAUGCACCCAUAAACCUCGAGCUUAGUCAACCACAACAUCAGAAAAAUGAAGCACCAGAAGUGGUGGAGCUAGGGUUUCGCCACGCGGCCAUGACACUCGCCCAGGGCACGCAGGCCAACACUCUGUUUCGCCAGGCGUCCAUGACACUCGCCCAGGGCACGAUGGCGACCAACACUCUAUUUUGA